AAGCGCUGGCUAUAUAAACACGAACCCGUCGCCCUCGGUAGGGUACGACGUUUCCCUAAACUUUCCACAGCCACUAUGAUAUUCUUGGCAGUUGGCACAGCAUAUAAAUUAGGUCCCAUGCGACCUUGAUUUUCAUCUUCAUGAACAAAGUUGAGGUGCCAGGUGCUGUUUGGUCAAUAUGAUUGUUGGUGGUGGCUAUUUUGAAGGUUCCCAUGAUCAUAAUCCCAUGGCAGAACCUUCAAGAAAAGCUGACUUUGCAAGUGAGAGACAGAGGAGGGAAUGGCUGAAUGAAGCGUUCUGGGCUUUAAGAAUGCUCCUCCCCAAUCCUAAGGUUUGUCUUUUUCAUCAUUUUUGCAAAUUUAGGUGAUUUAGUGACUUUUCAGAUGUACAGAAUACUCAACUACUAGAAGAUAAUGGAAUUUUAAAUAACUUUAUCCAUUUCUUCUCGAUGUGUUAAGAGUUAAGACGCUCAAAAGUGCCAAUAUCAGAAUACUAUGCAGCCUAAUUGACCCGUGUUGUGUAAAAGAUCAAUAAAACCCCUUUUGAAAACUGUCAUCUGUCUAAAGUAGAUUCAAGAAACAUGAGUUAGAUAAUAUGCUUCUGCUGAUUUUUUUUACUGAGUACUCGUCCGAUCUCUGAUGCUACAUUACAUUCAAUCUGAUACUAAUAUCCUAUUAAAAGUGAUUGCCACGAAAUAGAUCCAUGCUGUGCUGUUUCAAUAAUACUUGCCCCACAUAUCUUGAUCGAGCGUGUCAAUACCUUCUAUUUAAUUAUGAGAGAUUAAUGCGCUUAUCUAAGUUCGAUAUGGCAUAAAUGAGCUACAGAACUUUUUACUAGUGUGACAGGGUCUCAAAUGUAGAGGAUGCCAUUGAGUACAUACAUGAGCUGAACCGGACAGUGAAGGAACUGAAGAUCCUAGUAGAACAGAAGUGGCAUGGGACUAAUAGGAAAAAGAUGAUAAAGAUGGACGGAGAGGCAGCUUCCGAUGGCGAAAGCUCAUCGACGAGGCCAGUGAGCGAUGAGCAACAAUGAGCUCGAUGGGGCCAUAAGGAGCUCCUGGGUGCAGAGGAGGUCCAAGGAGUGCCAUGUUGAUGUCCACAUAGUGGAAAAUGCAGUAAACGUCCAGCUCACUGAAUGGAAGAACGCCAACUCCCUUCCUCAUGCUGCGAAGGUUCUCGACGAGUUCCAUCUUGAGAUCAUCAGCGUGGUUGGACAGAUUGUUGACGAUCACCGCAUAUUCGUCUUCAACACUAAGGUGUCCGAAGGCUGCUCGGUGUAUGCCCUUGCAGUGGCCGAGAGGCUCCUUCAAGCAGUGGAUGCACAGCACCAGGCCCUCAACAUACUCGGCCAGGCUCUAGCAGCCAAAGUGACUAUCUGAAGAAGUUCAUAGUCUGCAACUGUCUUUGAGUAGCAAUUUCAUGUCUGUUCUCUCAGUGAGAAAUGUGGUUAAAUCGGGCCUUGAGGUGGAGAUGACUUUGUCUUGUGCAAUUUGAUAGCUCGCAAAAAUUGUUAAUCUCGCACGAAUCAUAUAUUUUUU